GUUGGUUGCCAGCAAAUUAUGGGCCUUAAAACCAUUUGGAGGAAUUACAGAGUUCUGAUUGUUAUGGGAACUGGCCUUGCGCUGGUACAUUGGGGUUGGUAUAACAUCAAGUCCAAUCCUAUUUUUCAACCCAAGAGAGAUGAGUUUGUCCCAGAGCCUGCGAUUGUGAGGUACGUGCUGGAACAAGAGAAGCAAGCAAAGGGGAAAUAGCUGUACGCUGCAGUGGAGUA